AUGUCUGGUCGCGGUAAAGGCGGGAAAGGCCUGGGCAAAGGCGGCGCCAAGCGCCACCGCAAGGUCUUGCGCGACAACAUCCAGGGCAUCACCAAGCCCGCCAUCCGCCGCCUGGCCCGGCGUGGCGGAGUCAAGCGCAUCUCCGGCCUCAUCUACGAGGAGACCCGCGGGGUGCUGAAGGUGUUCCUGGAGAACGUGAUCCGCGACGCGGUCACCUACACGGAGCACGCCAAGCGCAAGACCGUCACCGCCAUGGACGUGGUCUACGCGCUCAAGCGCCAGGGCCGUCAGGCUCCAUAUCUACUCCUUGCGCUCCUUUUGCCUUUUGAAAUGGCUCGUACCAAGCAGACUGCUCGCAAGUCCACCGGCGGCAAGGCCCCGCGCAAGCAGCUGGCCACCAAGGCCGCCCGCAAGAGCGCCCCGGCCACCGGCGGCGUGAAGAAGCCCCACCGCUACCGGCCCGGCACCGUGGCGCUGCGCGAGAUCCGGCGCUACCAGAAGUCGACCGAGCUGCUGAUCCGCAAGCUGCCGUUCCAGCGGCUGGUGCGCGAGAUCGCGCAGGACUUCAAGACCGACCUGCGCUUCCAGAGCUCGGCCGUUAUGGCUCUGCAGGAGGCCUGCGAGGCCUACCUGGUGGGUCUGUUUGAGGACACCAACCUGUGCGCCAUCCACGCCAAGCGAGUCACCAUCAUGCCCAAGGACAUCCAGCUGGCCCGCCGCAUCCGCGGGGAGAGGGCUUAAAUUUCCUGGUUGUCUUAAUUCUGCAAAAGGCUCUUUUCAGAGCCCCUCCUUUUUCACUAAAAUCGAGCUGUUACUUUUACAAUUGUGAGUUCACAUGGUGAGACUUAAUCCAGCCACUCUUAAUAAGUUAUAUACGAAGAUAUAUAUAGUAUCGAGUAAGCACUGGAAUGUUUACUAUAUCGUGGGCUUCCCGUUUCAGUAGCUAAAUCCCCUUCUAGGUUUCCUUUAAACGCGAAGUUCAUGUGCUUUUUUUUUUGUUUUCCCCAUGGUUUCCCAUUUACCCCCAUAGAAAGCCAGUAUGUCCUCUAACUCCCUGUUGAUGUUAUUAAAGCAAAAUACCGUUCACUUGUUCUGCAUUGUGUUCCGAAGAGCUGGAAUUUUAGUAGUUUAGUAGUUAAAACUUCAUACAUUUCUUUACUUUAGAUCUGGCUUUCCUGGAAUUGUUGAUAAUCUUGGUCUCUAGUGCUAACCUGGCCUAUUUAAUUAGCCUGGUGUUCAGUGAAGAAGCAAACUUGUUUUCAAAGUAACACACUAUCUUUGACAUUUUUUAUUUUUUUAGGGUUAAAGAACUUCCUACUUUGAGAGUCAUACAAUUUACUAUGUAAAUUUUGCUAUUUUGUACACCAUUUCCAGGUCAUUUGUAGCAAAAAUAGAUCUUGGCGUCUCUUGCGUCCUUGUUUAUGUCUGUAUUGGUCAGGCAGUUGUUUUAUUUUACUUUUUUUUGAGGUAAGUUCUCAGGAAGCUUAUUGUUCAAUGUUGGAAUUACCUGAAGAUGUAGCAACAAAAGACCUUGUCAUCUUUAUCUUACCUCAGUUGCAAGAUUUUUUGUAGGUUUAUCGGCAUGCGCUGGUAAACCUGGAUCAAGGCUGUAACUGUCAAAAGAAACUGCAUUUUUCUUUUUUAAAAUAAAACAGUACCCUUUGUUAUUUCACAUCUAAACCCAUCUGAUGAUGUCAUAAAUUAAUAAGUACAGAACUGCACAUCUUUCCCCACCAUAGUCUCACCUCUCCCCUAACAAAGCUUCACUUUUCCCAUAUAGCAAACUUCACCACACCCUUUCUCUUUACCUUGUUUUAUUCUUCUCAAAUUCUUUGAAACUUUAUAACUGUUGGCCCCUUAAUAAUAAUCUAAUAUAUUGUUCUGCUUGGCAUCUGAACAUGUACACCCCCCUCCCCAAACCCUAUAUUGGCAUUGACUAUUUACUUAAGAGCAUGCCUGUUUGCUCAAUGUUUUCAAAUUCUCACUGGCCAUCUCAUCCAACUGCAUUUGAGGGCUGUAGGGUCACCCAAAUAAUUUUCUGAAUAUUCUAGAAUUUUCCUAAUGUAAAUUAUUUUUUGUGCUUUCUGUCUUUAUAUAUCACUAAUAAGUGACAAUAACCCAGUCAGAUUCAUAUCUAAUUUAUUUUGACUCAGAAUUAAUUAGGUUAGUCUCUGAAGUCAGUGAUCUGUUUUUGAAUGUUUGAGUUACUUUUUAAAGCUUUGUCUAUGAGGUUUCGCCUACCUGUAUAUAUAUAUGUUCAGCACUUACAGGCCUGAUAUCGGGAGACCUAUAAGGAAGCCUGAGAUCCCCUGGGGCCGGCAUUAGAGACAGUUGGGUGCCUUUGUGUGUUAGGAAACAAAUGCAGAUUUCCCUGAGCUGCAAAUGCUCUUAACUGCCAAGCCAUUUCCACCACUCCUAAAGUCAGUGACUUUUAAUCUUCCUACUUCAAAGAAAAAACUUUCACAAUUGAAAAUUGCAUUCUCCAUUAAAGAUAUCAAUGUGUGCAAAGCACCAGGAGCCUGAGCCAUUUUAUAGAGAAACAUCUACCAUGGUUAACUUCAGUCUGUAGCCCAUCCGGUACCUGUGUUAUUUGCUACAGUCAGAAACAAAGUUUGUGCUCAAACCAAAAAAUCUAUUACUUUUACACUUGCAAAAAUUAAAGGCAGAACUUGUAGACAAAUCCUUUUAAAUAAUGUUCCUUGUCUACUUCGUUUAAGUUUAAUAAAAUACGCAAGUAACUAUGAGGAUACCUUCUGCUUAGUGGAUUCUUCGUGAACAUUGGAGGGAUUUUUAAAAA